GGCGGCAGGCGGGCAGCGGCGGUGGGGGCGGCCCGGGGUCCGUGAGGGGAGGCAGCGCCUCCCGCCCGGCCGGCGCUGCCCUCCCCUCAUGCCUCCGCGGUCCGGGCACUGCCUGGCCUUCCCUCCCCUCCGGGGUUAAAAACAGCGCAGGCACGGCUGCUUUAUUUAUUUUUGGUUGCUUUUUUUUUUUUUGAUUGAUAUAUAUUUUUCCCCUGUAGAAGAUCUGGGGGAGAGGUUGCUGGGCAAAAAAGUGUGGGGUUUAGGAUUUUUGUUUUUUUUUUUAACGGAGUGACAGCCCUUCUGGUCAGGUGCAGAGGUUUCCUCAGGUAGGAGGUGGUCCGCAGCGGUUCCCAAAGGCGGUCGUGGGGACGACGGUCUGCCCGCCACCACUGCUGUGCCCGGCUCCGCGCAGCUCCCCUGGAGCUGGUCUGUGAUGCAGUGGGGUCUUGAACGGGAUCCCGACGGGAGGGAGAAGCACAGGUGUUUGGUAGGUGGGCGAACGCAGGGGCAUCGGGGGGUGCGUGUGGCCCUCGCUGUGCCCUUUGCGCCCUGGCAGGUGGUUUGUAACCGUUAUUUAGUGUUGUGGGGAAAGACCGCCCAGGUGAGUAUUUUUUAGCUGUAUGUGCUGCUGCAGCUUAAAGGACUGAGACUUCCACACAGGUGAUCUGCUUGAAAUCGAACCUGACUUAUACCAUCAGUACCUACAAAGAAGGACAGUGUUCAUUUAAACCAAAAUUCAUGCCCUGCCGUGGAUUUACACCUGAAUUUGAGCACAGUUUGCUGUGUUGCACUUUAUGCAAAACCACCACUUUUGGUUGUGCAGAGAGGAUGCUGUAAGGAUAAUGUGGAAUGACUUCACGGCAUUAAAGCCCUUCCUGCCAUCCAUGUGGUAGUGUCCCAGCUGCUUAGCUCCCUGCUGGUGCGGACAAACUGUUGCAGCUCGGACGGUUUGGGUAACCAGGCAAGUUGUCAGAGUCAGGCCAGGCCUGUAUGUUAGGAAUGUGUAUCGAAGCCAGGUCCUGUAAACACUGGUUGAUGUGUGGAGCCUUGUUGCUAGGACUUUGCACAGAAAUAACUAGACGUGCCCGCACGCCUCUUUGAAGUCCUGACGUGUUACCUGACUACUUGGGAGCCAGGAGGAUCGCUGACAGUAUCGUUUCCAUAUUUAUUGAGCACAGGUCUCAGACUUUUCAUUUUAUAAAUAAAUUCACUUCUCUUUAUGGUACUUUUUUAGGUGCUGGGGUGCAGCCGAGUAGAACUAUGUCAUUUAUGUGCAUCGAUUUUGUGUCUCACGCCAUGAUGUCUAUUGUUUACGCAGAAACCAUAGCAUGAAUGCUUUGUUAACCUUCUGUUAGCAAUAUAAACCAACAAACAAGGAUGCAAGCUAGAACUUGAAACAAAAAUAGCACUUUUUAGAGAGAGGAGAAAGUCACAGCUGCCAGAAAGCUGUUUUCAAUGGAAAAUGAUGCACCUUUGGGUUUUAUAUUUCCUUUAAAACUCAACUUCCUUUACAUACAUGUACAACUUCUACAGCAUAUAACUUCUUAGUAACUUAGUUUCAUAUGUAUGCUGUCCUUUAAACAGUGUUUCUUUUUAUAAGGAAGGUUUGGCUGGAUUGUGAAAUUUUUAAAUUAUAUUUGAAAAUUAUUUUUGGUCAGGCGUGUCUCUGUUAUAUUUUUGAACUCUUGAGCCAGCUGCAACAAAUUCCACUCUCCAGUGUCAACACGUAGACUGGUGUUUUCCUGAUGACUGACUGCUGCCUUCACCUUCACUUAAAAAACAUUGAAAGGCUUGGAAUGUUUUCUCCGCUGACAUAUAGGGCAGAAUACAUGCUGAUUGUGCUACAACUUGCAAGAAAAAUGAUAUUCAUCCAGCAUUCCUGAGUAAUAAGGAUGGGUCCAGAUGUACCCCUGCUGAAUGAUUACAAACAGGAGUUCUUCUUGAAGCGCUUUCCGCAGACUGUGCUGGGAGGGCCCCGCUUUAAAUUAGGCUAUUGUGCCCCUCCUUAUAUAUAUGUGAAUCAGAUUAUUCUUUUCUUGACACCAUGGGUUUUGGGAGGAGUAGGAACACUUUUGUACCAAUUGGACAUUAUGAAAGACUAUUAUACUGCAGCACUCUCAGGAGGACUGAUGUUUGUUACUGCGCUUAUUCUCCAAAUAACAAAUCUGUAUGCAAAACAGAAGACAGUGACGGUAGAAAGAAUGCAAAUUCAGAAUACCCUAACAGAUGAAGAUGAGUUUGAAUUUUCCAGCUGUGUAGGUUCAGAGACAGUAAAAUUUAUUAUUCCUGGCAAGAAGUAUAUAAUCAACACAGUGUUUCAUUCUCUUCUGGCAGGGGUAUUGUGUGGGCUGGGAACUUGGUAUUUGCUGCCAAACAGAUUAACCUUGCUAUAUAGUAAUAUUGGAGGAACCGUUAUCGUCUUUGUAUUUGGAUGGGUGACUAUAUGUAUAGGAGAGUAUUCAUUAAUUAUAAAUACAGCUACCGAAACAGCUACUUUCCAAGCACUGGAUACUUAUGAAAUUACUGCUCUGAUGAGACCUUUCUAUAUUUUUGUCUUUAUUGCAGUGGAUCUUGCACACAGGUUUGCUGUCAGCACACCUGUUCUAGAACAGACGAACCAGAUUUUGCACAUCGUAUUUCUUUUUCUGCCAGUCUUAUGGGCAAUGGGAAUUCUGCCCCCGCUUGAUGCACUUUUUCCAUGGGGAAUGGAACAACUGUUGGAGUUCGGACUAGGAGGUUCACCUCUGUCAAGUAACACAAAGUUAUUAGUAAUGUUUCUCAUUUCUGCUGGAACAGCAAUAGCAUCGUAUUUCAUUCCCAGCACUCUCGGUGUGAUCCUCUUCAUGACUGGAUGUGGGUUCAUACUGAGUCUUAACCUAAGUGAGAUUGGUUUUGCCUUCAAACACACCCUGAUCAGCCAUUUAGCCUCCAGCAAGUCUAAAAAUAUGCACAGAGGUCUUAGAAUACAGUUUGGGUGGAGGGAAUUCAUUUUUUAUUUGACUGUACUGACAUUUGCUCUCAUAGAAGCUAGCCUGCUGCAUCAAUUUGCUGGUUUUUCGUCUUUUUCCAAAGCCAGUCCGCAGGCUGUAGCAAGUUACAUUUUGAUGAUAUUACUCACAAUUAUGUGGCUUCUUAGAGAGAUUCAGAGAGUGUACUUGUUUGGAGUCUUCCGAAACCCCUUUUAUCCAAAGGAUAUCAGGACUGUGACUGUGUUCAUGGAGAAGCAAAGAAGGCUAAUGAAAGUUGGUGUUGUCAGGAGGAUUUUACUAACACUAGUGUCUCCAUUUGCUAUGAUAGCAUUCCUGUCACUUGACCGCUCCCUACAAAAUCUUCAUUCUGUGUCUGUUUGCAUUGGAUUCACAAGAAUAUUUAGGAUGGUCUGGCAGAAUACAGAGAAUGCCCUACUGGACAUAGUGGUUAUGUCAAUAACACAAAUGUUGGUGUUUAAUCCCGACCUAUGGUGGAACAGGAGCCUUGAUACAGGAAUCAAAUUAUUGCUGGUCGGUAUCCUACGGGAUCGACUGCUUCAGUUUGUCUCAAAAUUGCAGUUUGCUGUAGCCAUUCUUCUGACAUCGUGGACAGAGAAAAAACAGCGUCGGAAAUCUACUGCCACCUUAAUCACGCUCAACGUAGUUUUCUUCCCGAUCCUGUUGACCUUCGUUGCCAUCUCUGCACUACUUUCUUCUCCUUUGUUGCCGCUCUUCACGCUACCAGUGUUUUUGAUAGGCUUUCCUAGGCCUAUCCGAAGCUGGCCAGGACCUGUGGGCGCUACAGCCUGCGUUUGCUCUGAUACUGUGUACUACCAGCAGAUGGUUCCAAGCCUGGCUGUUGCUCUUCAGUCUGCAUUAGCAGCUGGUAGCCUAGGUCUCUCUCUACCUGGAUCACAUUACCUAUGCCGUUUUCAGGACAGACUGAUGUGGAUAUUGGUGCUAGAAAAGGGCUUCACUUACUGUGGUGUUAAUAUUAAGGGGCUAGAAUUGCAGGAAACAUCCUGUCAUGCUGCUGAAGCUCACAGAGUUGAUGAGAUUUUUGAAAUGGCCUUCGAACAUCAGGAGCACACAAAGAUUGUCUCUCUUAAUCACCAUUUUGGAAACAUUUUGACUCCUUGUACUGUUCUACCUGUGAGAAUGUAUUCAGAUGCCAGAAGUGUGUUGUCUGGAAUAAUUGACUCUCAUGAAAAUUUAAAGCAUCUGAAAAAUGAUUUCAUUAAAGUGCUUGUGUGGAUGCUUGUUCAGUAUUGCUAUAAAAAAUCAAAAAAGUGGGAAAAGCUGGACAGUGCAGAUGAGAAUAAAAAAGGAUCAUUUCCAGAAAAUCAGCAUAGCAGUGCAGUAGAAAGAUCCAGGCCUCUGAGGGAUGAAGAUAGCUUUAGUGUUGAUACAAUUGAGGACUGGACUGACGAUAGUGACAUUUUUGAUCUUGAACCCAGUGGCAGAAUGAAAGAUAGAAAAGAAACCGGGCAGUUGGGAAUUGCACCAAAAACACAUUUGUCUAUUCCAGGGUCUGUAGAAACACAGAAUCAAGAUGUCCUACAAGAAAUGUCACCAGAAGAUAAAUUAUACAGGGCUGUUGUGCUUGGACUUCCUGCUGUAGACAAAGGAAAACAGCGAGAAGUUUUACCUCUGGUUGAAUUUAGUUGCUCCUACUCAGAGCUGUUAAGCAUUCCUGCCGAAUGGAGAACAGCCCCGGUACCUAUUUCCAAAGUCAAUGAAAUGAGGCAGAGGUUUCCAGAAGAAUGGUACCAUUUCAUUUUGAGUCAGCUGGACUUUUUUCAUCUGAAAGAAAAGCCUUCCAAUUUACUUGAAGACCUUAUGAAAGAUAAAGCUUUGAAAGAGUUAUACAUCCAUGGUGUAUUGUCAUGUUGUUUUGGUCUGUUUGGACUGGAUAACGCAGUGCCUGCACCUAGCCAUGUGUUCAGAGCUUACACCGGUGGGAUCCCAUGGUCUGUUGGUUUGGACUGGCUAACCAGCAAACCAGAGCUAUUCCAACUUGCACUAAAAGCAUUCAGAUAUACUUUCAAACUUAUGGUUGACAAAGCAAGUCUGGGUCCAGUUGAGAACUUCAAAGAGCUAAUUAACUAUCUGGAAGAAUAUGAAAAUGAUUGGUACAUUGGACUAGUGUCAGAUCAUGAGUGGCAGCAAGCAGUUCUUCAGGAAAAGCCAUACCUUUUUUCUUUGGGGCAUGAUCCAAACAUGGGAAUUUAUACUGGGCGAGUGCUCACUCUUCAGGAAUUGUUAGUACAAGUGGGAAAACUUAAUGAUGAAGCUGUCCGAGGUCAAUGGGCAAAUCUGUCCUGGGAGCUGCUGUAUGCUACCAAUGAUGAUGAAGAACGCUACAGUAUCCAGGCACACCCCGUUCUUCUCCGAAACCUUACUGUGCAAGCUGCAGACCCACCUCUUGGCUACCCAGUUUACUCAUCUGAACUUCUGCAUGUGCCUUUGUUCUAGACUGUCUGUAGCUUUUUUCUUUUUUGUAUUUUUCAUUUGCAUGUUGGGAAGCAAAUGCUCAUGCUACAUUUGUACACUACAAAUAAGAUUUGACUCUCAAAAUGGCGUUGGAUGGCAGUGCCAAACCAGCGUAAACAAUUUGCACAGAAAUGGUGCUAGCCAGAACCUUCAGCAGGCAGGAAGCUUUGAACUCUGUUUUCUUGGUGUGGGAACAUUUGGGACACCAUUCCCUGUGGGGCUGACAAACCAAGAGAUGCUGAAGCUCUCUUCCCCAGUUCAGAGAAGAGCAGCAUAAUUCUGAUCAUUAACUAUUUUUGGUGCAUUCUGAUUUUUGCUUUAAUAGUUGGACAGGUGACUUGCACUGAUAGUCAGGUUACAGCUCACUGUAGUACUGUCAACCACAAGAGUUGGUAACCAAAGUGUACAUAUGACUAUUUAUAUGAUUUUUUUAUUGUAGACAUUUUAUAUUGUAUUGAGCUCAGUUUUAGCAUUUGUUAUAAAAUAUGGCUUUAGAUAAUCUUCCUUAGUUGUAGUAAGUUAUCAGCUGUGCUUUAGCAAAGAAACUGUUAAAGGAGGAUUUUUACCAAGUACUUGUUGUGGGGGCAAAAAGAGUUUAUAUAAAACAGUGUGCAUUCUGACACAUUAUUAAUCUGUGUGACCUACUGGUGAAAGUGAAUAUGUGUAAUUAGGGGAGAGAGGGGAUUUAACUGGAUUAAUUUUAUUUUCUUCUUCCAAAAUCCACAUAUAUAUAUAAUGUCAUUGUUUGUAUCCUGUGCUCACAUCACUAGCCAGUCUUCCACAAUCACAGUGAUAGUUUGAUGAUUAAAAAAAAAAAGCUCUUUUUGCCCAUUUUUUUUUUAAGCUUAGCAGAGGUUAGAAUAGAAUUUGGCAAUAUUACAGAUCACUUUAGGUCAUCUCUCCAGUGAGUUGUUUAUCCUAUUCUCGUAGCAUGCUGCAUUACCACCAGUCAUUAGCACACCAAUAAGUUUCUCUCUGUAGAUUAGAGGUUACAAUGUAGUUAUUGCUGGCAUAUGUUGCACAAGGUGUAAAUAAUUGUCUUUUUUUUCCCCCUGUACAAUCAAUUUAAAUCAGAUCUGUGCCAUACUGAAUUAGUACUGUUCAUGUGUCUUCAGCAGGAACACUCAGUGUUGUGUAAUUUGGAGGAUGCAUAUUGCUUUUAUUACUCAUCUUUAAAACUUGUCACAUGACCAUGUACUACAUACUUGGCUAAUAACUGUUUCUUUUGAUCAGUGACCAUAAAUGACUGAGUAUUCA